AUGGCAAUUUUCGACGAGCUUGCUACAGAACUUCAAGAAUCAAUAUGGGAAUUAGUUCUCCCACCCUAUGGCGGCAUCCACUGGGUCGAUAUCGAAGGGUUUCCCCGUUCCACGGAAGCCAUUCGGGAAACCCUGGAUAGAGUUUCAUUCCAUUUCAAUGACGUGGAACGUUCUUGCUUAAGCUACUGUAUAUGUGACAAUAGUCCCAAAGAGCAUAAGAUUUAUUCGAAUUAUGUCUAUGGAAAAAAGGGCAGAGGUGAUUUCUCGACGCCUUAUUUCGAAGAUCUAUAUCCAAUCGUCCCUUCGGUCUUGGGCCGAGCUGAAUCGGCAGACUUGCUCUUUGACCAUGAAAAUGCAAAGGAAAUAAUUGAUGUACGCCGUUGCCGGCAACUUUCAACCUACACUCAGAUCACUAGUCUUCUUUCGACAUGCACAUCUUCAAGGCGAUCGACUCUUCGUUGGCUAAAUAGGACAGUUCCAGGAGGACAAUGGAGGCUUUUCCGGGGCGAAGGAGCCAUGUGUAGGCCGCGUCCAUUGAGCAUCUGGAAGUCACAGUAUCAGGCCUCUGGAGUUACGCCGCCGGAAAGACAGAUAAGGGCCGAAGAGCUCGGUCUUGGUAUAUUCGCUGCUUCGGAUCUCAUUAUCUUCAGGCUACAUACAGCCUCGGGGCAUCCUACGACAACGUUAAAACACAGCUUCUUCCAGCUCCACGUAGAGUGGCCAAAGGUACCAACAAUGCUCCCGAAUUUCAAACGAGUUGGUAUCGAAUGGAACCCAGUAUGGGCAACUGAAAGUGGUUGGGAUGCUUUCUACCUAGAUGCUGUCCAUAGCAUUAAUAUGUUGACGAGUACGAUAGGUGCCAAGCAGUUUUACUGGCUUGUUGAUGGUAUUCCCCGCCCCAAAUGGGAGCAGUAUCCUCCAUGUAUCCCGGCGGCCUACAAUUAUCUAAUUGACAAAUCGGAACUGGGAUUGAUGGAGCAGGACCAAUUGAACGAGCUAAGGGCGGGUGAAUCACUCAGAGAUAAAUUUCCUGAGCAGCACGACCUGUAUCAUGACCUUGAGGCCAAUGGUCGUCGAUAUUAUGUUGUUUUCUUAUUUACCAAUGUUAGCCGUUUCGACACUGUAGAGGGAUACGACGAAACGAAAGAUAGUGUAUUUCUGGAAACCAACUUCCCUAGCCGAGAUGUUUGCUGGAAGGACUUAUUUCCUGGGGGAAAAGAUUUGUGGCCCGAGGCUCUUUACGAACCCGUCGAAUUUGCAAACAAGGCGGGCUUUCGUCUAGGAGCGGGUUCUCACUGUACAUACGUUUUGUCCUGGGAGCCUAUUUAA